UCCCGCAGUAGCUACGAUAUAAUCGCUCGAAGGCCCCCAGGAACGCUGAGGCGUGUGGGGCCCCAACGAAGAAAGAAUUGGAUUUUGUUCGAAUCGAGUCUAGAGAGAGAGUUCCUAGGGUGGUGGGAAAAAACGGAGUACGGUCAAAAGCUGAACGGAGAUGGUCAGUCUCAGAUAAAAUGGUCCACCGAAUCGCGGCAUGCCGACGUUUGGAAGCACUUCGACCAAGUAGCUGACAUCGAUACUGGGCGUCCACGAGUCAUCUGUCAAGCCUGUCUUACUUUGCUUGAUCAUCCGCAGCACAAGAAAAAUGGUACAAGCGCCAUGAGCAGACACCUGAAGUCCAAUACUUGUCGCCGGGGGAAAAAGAGAGGAUCCCAUCAAACUUUACUCUCAGAUUCGUUGCAAAAUCAUUCCACUAGUGCAUCACUCGCCGCAGACAGGGUCACAACAUCUGAACUUGAGGAGCAGCUGCUGAAAACCAUCACCUGCCUUCGGCUGCCAUUUCAGACUAAGCUGAAAGAGUACUAUGAAAAGACUUACCGCGACCACGGUUUUCUCUAUGGCACUGGAACAUUACUCGCUCCUCAAUAUAAAUUGAGUGCUUUCGAUGAUAGAGAGUACUCUACCUGCCACGAAGAUACGUCGAAACGGUACUGUGAAUACUUGAGAGCAUGUUUCACACAGUAUCAGCAGCAGAACCCCGAGCUGUUAUUCCGCACGGUGCAGCGCUCUUCCACUUUACAUAGCUCAGAGCUUGAUCGGCUACUUGAACCACCUGAUGCAUCGAUGCUCCACGAAGGGGCAGAGUAUGACGAAGUGGACCAGUAUCUUAGA